AUGUCUGUCCGUACACUACGAAUAGGCCUCAUCCCUGGUGACGGGAUUGGCAAAGAAGUCAUUCCAGCGGGUCGUCGGGUCCUGGAGGCCCUGCCCAGCUACCUCAACCUCAACUUCGAAUUUGUCAACCUCAAAGCCGGCUUCGAAGCCUUCGAGCAGACCGGAACGGCCCUACCAGAAGCCACUGUCAAUGUCCUUCGAAAUGAGUGCGAUGGUGCACUCUUUGGUGCGGUCAGCUCGCCAACUCAUGCUGUCAAAGGUUACUCGUCACCUAUAGUCGCCCUCCGCAAACGUCUCGACCUGUAUGCCAAUGUUCGUCCUGUUAAGACUGUUAUGACUGCCCCCAAGCCUAUUGACAUGGUCAUUGUCCGCGAAAACACGGAAGAUUUGUAUGUCAAGCAGGAGAAGACUUUUGAUGGCCCUGACGGCAAGGUCGCAGAAGCGAUUAAGCGCAUUUCAGAGAAGGCUUCGCUUCGAAUUGCCGCUAUGGCUGGUGAGAUUGCUGUUCGGCGCGAUAGAAUCAGGCAGUCGGGAGCCGCCAGUAUUCACAAAAAGCCUCUUGUGACCAUCACUCACAAAUCGAAUGUACUCUCCCAGACCGACGGCUUAUUCCGCGAAGCCUCUAAGCGGGCGCUCGCCGAUCCGAAAUUUGCUACUGUCAAGGUAGAAGAGCAAAUUGUUGAUUCCAUGGUGUACAAGCUCUUCCGCCAGCCAGAGGAUUACGAUGUCAUUGUCGCUCCUAACCUCUACGGGGACAUUUUAUCUGACGGAGCUGCUGCGUUAGUCGGUAGCUUGGGCCUUGUCCCAAGCGCCAACGUUGGCGAGGGUUUUGCCAUCGGAGAGCCCUGUCAUGGCAGCGCGCCAGAUAUCAUGGGCAAGGGUGUCGCAAACCCUAUUGCUACAUUGAGAAGUGCCGCACUGAUGCUUGAGUUUCUGGACGAACCCGCUGCUGCUGCAAAGAUUUAUGCGGCCGUUGAUGCUAAUUUGGAGGAGGGUGAACUUCUUAGCCCAGAUUUAGGAGGCUCGGCAACUACGGAGCAAGUGGUUGAGGAUAUUCUCAAGAAGUUAUAG